GGCAGGGAGUGGGGGCCUUGGGGAGAGGAGAACCCACAGACAAAGAAUCUCCUGGCUGGAUAACCUAUUCCUCCUGGGAGAGAGGCAGGGCUGAGACUCACAGAAGCCAAGGGAAUCACUCAAGGUCACACAGCCAGUCCCAGGGCUCAAACCCAGGUAGGCUGCCUCCCCAACCAGGGCAUUUCUCCCUGCCAUAUAGAAACCCAGCUCUAGAGGUACUGAACAAAAGACUGCCCUCUGUCCGCUGUGCUUGUACCUGGGGAGAGAGACAAGCUCACACUUUCUCACCUCUGCUUAGGGCCUCCCUGAAGGUGGCCUCUGCAUCUCCCCAGUAAGGAGGGAGGUGGCACCAUGGGCACUGGGCUGGCCCGGGGUGGGGGAUGGGGGGAGGCGCUGUCUCCACUUGAGAUCUCUUUGGGGGCAGAGCAGGGUUUGGGUCGGGGAAGAGUGCAGUGGGGAAGGGACUGUGCCUGGACUUAGCUUGGGCCCCUCUCUGCCGGCCUCGCUGCAGCCCCUGAGGCUGAUGGAGUCUCCUCCAGGCGCCCAUUUGGGUACCGCCCCCCUUCGUUCAGGGGUCUGCUCAAAUAUCACCUUCUCGACUGUGCCUGUCCUCACCAUCCUGCCUAAAAUAGCCAACUCCCGUCUGUCUCUCCUCUCGUAUCCCACUGUAUUUUCCCUCUCAGCACACAUGACACAUGUUUUGUCCCCCCCUGCCCCCCACUACACAUGAGGUUCCCUGGGGCACAGGACUUUAUCUAUCUUGCUCGCUGCUAUAUUCUCAGCGUGGAGAACCUUGCCUGGCACGUAAUCGGCAUGCCAUCAACAUCUGUGGAAUAAAUGAGGGAAUGAACAAACCAGACUGAGGAGGCAGACUCGCUCCCUGCAGGGUAGAAAGCAGUUUCGGACAGGGAUUUAUCCAGCUAUGAACUUCUUCACCUUGUAGAGGGAGUGAGCUCCCCGGCACAGACUGCACUCCAACUGUUGGAGGAAUCAUGAGGGGGAUUAAAAAUCAGAUAGUGAGUUGCUCCCUAAGCUAUGGGUCUAGGACUCCUGAGCAGUGAAGGGAAUGCAGGGCUCUGGAAACCUGGCUGGAGAAACAGCAGGCUGCACGGGACAGGCCCAUGGAGGAGCGAUGGUCACCAGAACAAGCAAUGGCUUUGCCAAACCCAGUUUAGAAAUCCCUGUGGCCCCAGUGCUGGGUACUGUGCAUCAGGGGAAGGAGGCAUGAGGAGGAGAAGAGGUAGAACUCUGCCCUCAGGAGAUCCUAGCCAGGUCUGAUCCCUGGGAUCAGAUGGGCAGUGUGGGCUCCUGCGUCGCAUCAAACAAAGUUCAGGUUCAGCUCUGAGUCAGCAGAUGCUGACAUCUCUGUGGGGUGGCAGAGGGGAGGCCAGAGCCCUCUUCCUGGAAGAGGGGUCAUUUGGGAAGGAGGGGGAGGAACCAAAGCCAACAGAGCCCUUAGACCCUAAUUCUGGAAGGCCUUGUGAGCCUGGCUACAGAAUUUGGAUGGGGAGCUUUUAGGAUUUCAAGCUCUGUCCCUCUGAGCAUCCCUCAUGCUGUUCCCUCUAUCAGGAACACGCUUCCCUCCACUACCCACCCCACCCACCAACUCCACCCUCUGCGCAGCUGACUUUUCCCUGCCCUCAGAUCUCCACUGAAAGGUUUCUUUCUUCAAGACACACGCCGCACCACCCCCGCCCCCCAUUCUUUCAGACCAAAUUCCAUUUCCUGUGGUGUACAUCAGGGCACUCUGUGCCUUCCCUUUGUAACCCUCAGAUCCGAGGUCAUUUACCUACUUGGCUGUGUCCCCCUGAACUGUAGACUCUCCCGUCCCAGGACCCCAAACAGUGCUGGCACUAAGUAGGUGUUCAAUGAAUUUAUGUUAAAAUAAUAAAUGGAUGAACGUCCUUUUGAAAAGCUUGUUGAAUGAAUGCCUUAGCUGCGUAGGGCCAUGGCCAGGCAGUAUUGGAAGGACAGGGACCCUCAAAGUUUCAGGGGGCCUGACUCCCACCCAGGGAUAGGGGGCCUGAGAACUGCUCUCUGCCUCGUCUGCAUCUUGCCAUACCUCCACCCCCGGUUGGGGGCCAGGAGGGGGAGAGGAACCUCCAUCUCCUGCCCUCACUCUCACCCCACACUCCGGGAGGAACAGGAGGCAGGCAGGGUUCUUGCCUCCCCGUGGGUCUGGUUCGUGUUUAAAGGACUAAUUUCUGCCUUGUGGGGGUGAGUUAUCUCCUUGUGAAAUCAAGUUGGAGAAACAAAAAGAUUUUACCAGUGAGACACAUGUUCCUCCAGGAGAAGGAACGGACGGGCUCCCUCCCCUCCUUCUGGCCCUGGCCCAGUCUCCCUGGGUUGCUGGAAUGCCUGACUUGUCUGUAAGGCCCUGCAGAUGUGUGGGCGAUUUGGGGCAGGCGCCGAAGGCAGCCUCUUUUCUCAUCUGUAGUGGCUUUUUCCCUCUGGUUUGGGAGUCAGAGGAAAAGCACCAGAGAAUGUCGACCCAGGUAGCAGGGAACCAGACCUCGUCCGGGGCCACAGACGACGAUGACUCCUACGGCAGCUGGUACAUCGACGAGCCCCAGGGUGGCCAGGAGCUUGAGCCGGAAGGGCUGGUGCCCUCCUGCCACCCCAGCGUGCCACCCGGCCUCUACCACGCCUGCCUGGUCGUGCUGUCGGCCUGGGCACCCGAGCCCUCCUCUGUGCUCUCCUUUCAGAUCCUCGUGUUGCUGCUGCUGGCCAUGCUGGUGAAGCGCCGCCAGCUCUGGCCCCACUGUGGGCACGGCAGGCCUGGGCUCCCCAGCCCUGUGGACUUCUUGGCUGGGGACAGGCCCCGGACCGUGCCUGCCGCCGUCUUCACGGUCCUCUUCAGCUCCCUGUGCUUGCUGCUCCCCACUGAGGACCCACUGCCUUUCCUGACUCUCGCCUUACCACCCGGCCAAGACGGGGAAACUGAGACUCCAAGAGGGCCGUGGAAGAUACUGGCUCUGCUCUAUUACCCUGCCCUCUACUAUCCCCUGGCUGUCUGUGCCACGGUCAGGCAUAGAGCCGCACACCUGCUCGGCAGCGUGCUGUCCUGGGCUCAUCUGGGGGUCCAGGUCUGGCAAAGGGCAGAGUGUCCGGUGUCACCCAAGAUCUACAGGUACUACUCUCUGUUGGCCUCUCUGCCUCUCCUUCUGGGCCUCGGAUUCCUGAGCCUUUGGUACCCAGUGCAGCUGGUGAAAAGCUUCAGUCAUGGGGCAGCAGCGGGUUCCAAGGGGCUGCAGAACAGCUACUCUGAAGAAUAUCUGAGGACCCUCCUUUGCCAGAAGAAGCUGAAAAGCAGCUCCCACACGUCCAAGCAGGGCUUCCUGUCCCGGGCCUGGAUCUACUUCAGACACUAUAUCUACACUCCACAGCGAGGAUUCCGACUCCCCCUGAAGCUGGUGCUUUCAGUCACCCUGACAGGGACGGCCAUCUACCAGGUGGCCCUGCUGCUACUGGUGGGCGUGGUACCCACCAUCCAGAAGGUGAGGGCAGGGAUCACCACGGACAUCUCCUACCUGCUGGCUGGCUUUGGGAUCGUGCUCUCAGAGGACAAGCAGGAGGUGGUGGAGCUGGUGAAGCACUACCUGUGGGCUCUGGAAGUUUGCUACAUCUCGGCCUUGGUUCUGUCUUGCUUGUUCACCUUCCUCAUGCUGACCCGCUCGCUGGUGACACACAGGGCCAACCUGCGAGCUCUGCACCGAGGGGGCGCCCUGGACCUGGGCCCCCAGCCCCCGAGCCCUCGCCCCUCCCGCCAGGCCAUAUUUUGUUGGAUGAGCUUCACCGCCUACCAGACUGCUUUUACCUGCCUUGGGCUCCUGGUGCAGCAGAUCCUCUUCUUCCUGGGGACCUUGGCCCUUACCUUCCUGGUGUUCAUGCCCGUGCUCCACGGCAGGAACCUUCUGCUCCUCCGAUCCCUGAAAUCCUCAUGGCCCUUCUGGCUGACCUUGGCCCUGGCUGUGACCCUGCAGAACAUGGCAGCCCACUGGGUCUUCCUAGACACUCACCAUGGACGCCCAGAGCUGACCAACCGGCGAGCACUCUAUGCAACCACCUUCCUUCUCUUCCCCAUCAAUGUGCUGGUGGGUACCAUGAUGGCCGCCUGGCGAGUGCUGCUGUCUGCCCUCUACAAUGCUGUCCACCUUGGCCAGAUGGACCUCAGCCUGCUGCCACCUAGAGCCGCCACUUUCGACCCCGGCUACCACACAUACUGCAACUUCUUGAAGAUGGAGGCCAGCCAGUCACAUCCAGCCUCGACGGCCUUCUGCGUCCUGCUCCUGCGAACUCGGAGGCCCCAGCCCCGCACGGCCCCCCGGGAUGGCCUCAGACUGGGGGAGGAAGAGGAAGGGAUGCAGCUGCUGCAGACCAAGGACCGGGCGGCCAAGGGAGCGGGGCCCCGGGUAGGCCGAGGCAGGGCCCGCUGGGGUCUGGCAUACACGCUGCUGCACAACCCAGCCCUGCAGGCCUUCCGGAAGACAGCCCUAUCGGACGCCCGGGCCAACGGUGCCCAGCCCUGAAGGCGGGGAAGGCCACCCCGCCGUGUCCUUGCCUGUGCUGGAGCACUUCCCAUCCUCCCCGCCCACUCCCUCCCCAGCUCUCCCAGCAUCUGUCACUCCAGCCAUGGCAGCCUCUCUGCUUGGCACCAGCUCUGUCAGCAGGUCCCGGGGGUUCAGGGCCAGCCGGGGGUUGCUUUGCUUGGGUGGAAGUCUGUCAGCACUGUGAACCUCAAGCCUUGGGAAGGCUCUGGUCUGCCCCUUUGACCCUGGGAAGCCAGCUAGGGCUCUGGAGAAAGCAAUCGGUGGUUUAGGCCCUCGGUCCAGGAGCCUCCCGACGCUGGCUCUGCCGCCAGCCUUCAGGCUUCACGGAAGCCUUCUCCUGAUUGGGGCUGGUGAUGCAGGCCGGGACAACCUAGGAUUCCAGCUGGGCCCACUCAGCCUUGGAACACACCACUGUGACCAGACACAGCGCUUCCUCUCUCCCACAGCUUUCUCCGCUCCUCCUGGGGGUCCCUGUGGCCUGCAAGGCAGCCCAGGAGGAAGCCAUGGGCUCCUACCUGGCAGCAGUCACGGCUCAAACCAGGCCCCACACUGAGCUGGCCACACUUGAGAGCCUGAUAUUUUUGUAGCUGGUAUGCCUUUAGAUAUUAUGAAAGAGGUUAGUGUGUUCCCUGGAAUAAACUUGUCCCUAAGAAACAGUCUUCCUGAAGGG